AUGUCAACACCAAAGACAAAGCAGGGAAAAGAAACGUACCUUUCUCCUCUGAUCGACAAGUUACUUUCCGUGCCGCUUACAUUCAAAGCUGCACAAUAUCCAGACACUGUGAACAUCAAACCGUCAUCCUACGUUACGUUCAAUACAUCUACGCCUAUACACCAGGAAAAAGAAGCACAAAUUGACAAUCCGCGUGAAAACAAAGGUAGUAUGACAAGGCCUAAAUCUGUUGCAGAGGCUGUUGCACAAUAUACAGGACGAAAGUUUUUAUCUAAGAGGGAGAGAAAGGAUGUUAAAAGAGACGCUAAACGAAAGAAGGAGGAGCAAAAGAAGGUGAUUGAAAGCAAGGAAGAGGAAGAAGAUGAUGAUUCAGAGAGCGACGAAGAUUUUCAAACUGCUGAUGAAGAUACAGAAGAGUCAGAAGAUGAAGAGAACAAUGGGAAUCUGAGUGGGGACUCCGAAGAAGAAGAAGAAGAAGAAGAAGAAGAUACGGACCGUUUGAAAAGUGACCUCAAGAAAGAUAUUUACGCAGAUAGUGACAGCGAUGACGAGAAUGAAGAGAUAGAGGGAAAGGAAAAAGAAGAAGAAGAGGAAGAAGAAGGUAAUUACAACGACGAUGCUGGCUUGAACGAUGAUGAAAUUCUCAAAUCUAAAGAGACCCCUCCUACAUCACCUGAAGAUGAUUUGGCAAAAAGCAUAUCACUACAGGCAAGAAUUCCUUCAGAUCAAUUUUAUGACCUCAACGAAGAGGACGAAGACCGAGGAUCAAACGGUUGCAAUCGGUUGUACAAGUCAUGGAGGGAAUUCAAAGAUCGUCCUCCAAGUGUAGGUCUCCUUAAUCAUGGUGUCACGUGCUACAUGAAUUCUGCAGUGCAAGCUAUGUGUCACAUUCCUGCAUUAAUGCAUUAUCUCGUUGAAGUUCAUUAUGAUAAGCACACUGAUGUAAUCAAACCAAACUCAGUGACGAGGGUUCUCGCUGACACCGUAUGCAAAAUGUGCCAAAUGGACAGAAAGGGUAAUCGAAAGGUUCUCUAUAUUAAUCCAAAGAAACUCAUUCGAAAGUUGAGCGACAUCAACUGCACGAUGUCGGAAUGGCAACAGGAGGAUUCCCAUGAAUAUUUUAUGUCUCUUAUGUCGAGAUUGCAAGAGGAAUCCACUCCUAAAGGCGUCAAGCUUAAUAAAAGCAUUAUCUACGAUAUCUUUGGAGGCCUUCUUAAUCAGACUGUGACUUGUCGAAACUGUGGCCACAUUUCUACAACCCAACAGGAGUUCUAUGAUCUCUCUCUUGGUCUUGAAAAUAAAAGACGUCGAGCCAGUAAUCUGCUAAGUGUCCAACAAAUGUCACAGCUACGGAAACAGAUCGGAGCCAAUGAUGAUACAGGAAAAACUGCCAAGACGCAACUGUCUGAGUUGUUGAGGCAGAGAAUCCUGCUUGCUAAAGAGGAGAACAAAAUCCAGCAAGAAGAAUCUAGACAGAGUUCCAAGGAGACUACACCACAACAACAAGAGGAGAAACAGAAAUCUCAAUCUGUUGAGGGUAACGACCAAAAUUCAUCACAGGCCGCAGAUUCAAAGCCGUCUGAUAAUCGACAACACCCUGGACAUGGCGCAGAACCAUCUUCUGUUUACUUUAUCGAAAACUCUAUCAAAUACUUCUUUUCUCCAGAAAUGCUCCGAACGGACAAACGUGAUCGAAGUGGAUACGUGUGUGAAAACUGUAAGAAGACUACAGCAGCAGUCAAGGUGUCCACAAUUGAACGAGCACCAGAAACUUUAGCCAUCCAUCUUAAGCGUUUCAGGUUUAACGGCACCUCGUCGAUGAAAGUCAAGGCCAAGGUCGCCUAUCCUGAGGUGUUGGACCUUUCGGAGUACACCACAUCUAUGAAAACACCGACGAGGUACAAAUUGAUUGCUGUCAUCCUACAUCAGGGUAGAUCUGUUUCCUCAGGGCACUACAUUGCGCACUGCCGUCAACCGGAUGGCACGUGGGCCACCUACGAUGAUGAAUAUGUGAACAGGAUUAAACCAGCGGAAGCGUUAAGCGAUCCAAGCGCUUACGUGCUAUUUUAUAGUAGACUAACGCAUAAGAGCGUCAAGAUAGAUAAAGAGGGCGACGCUGACGACGAUGACGACACUAACGACGCUGACGACAAAGACAACAACAGAAAGAGAAAAGUGGAAGCAGAUGUUUCCGACUCGACCGCACUGAGUCAGAAAACUAGAAGAAAGCGUAAUCGUCGCCGUUGA